AUGGGGUUUUCUCAUAAAUGGACGUGUGUAACGGCACUUCUCCUUAUCUUGGUGUUGAAUUUGAGUGUAGAGAUUCUUGGUGAUGGGAAACUUGGUAAGGAGGGUUGGAGAGAUGAUUGUAGGUAUAGCCGGCGUGGCUGCUAUGGUCGUGGCCGCGGUUGGGGUGGACGGGGAGGAGGUCGGGGAGGUUAUGGUGGCCGUCCUGGUGGAGGACAUGGUGGACAUGGUGGUGGUGUAGGAGGAGGUGGAGGCUUUGGUGGUGGUGGUGGAGCGGGAGGAGGUGGCGGACUUGGCGGUGGUGGCGGUGGUGGCGGUUUGGGUGGUGGAGCAGGAGGAGGAGGUGGCGGACUUGGAGGUGGAGGUGGAAGAGGAGGACUAGGUGGUGGCUCCGGCUCGGGUGGAGGAUUUGGAGGUGGAGCUGGUGGGGGCACUGGCGGAGGUGGAGGUCUUGGGGGAGGUGGAGGAGGAGGAAAAGGUGGUGGAGGCGGGGUUGGAGGUGGUUCUGGCUCGGGUGGAGGAUUUGGAGCAGGUGGUGGGAUUGGUGGGGGUGCAGGGGGAGGUGGUGGUCUUGGAGGAGGUGGUGGAGGAGGAAAAGGUGGCGGGGGCGGGAUUGGAGGUGGUUCUGGCUCGGGUGGAGGAUUUGGAGCAGGUGGUGGAGUUGGUGGAGGUGGAGGAGGUGGUGUUGGAGGUGGCGCGGGUGGAGUUGGCGGAGGGGGAGGAGGAGGCGGUGGGGGUGGAGGCGGAGGUGGUGGUCUAGGGGGAGGAUCUGGCCAUGGUGGUGGAUUUGGUGCUGGUGGGGGUGUUGGUGCCGGAGGCGCUGGGGGCGGUGGAGGUGGAGGUGGAGGAGGAGGAGGAGGUGGUGGCGGCGGAGGUUUAGGUGGUGGUUCAGGACAUGGUGGUGGGUUCGGUGGUGGUGCUGGUGGAGGAUUAGGAGGAGGAUCUGGUGGCGGCAUAGGAGGUGGUGGCGGUGGAGGGCACGGUGGAGGAGUUGGUGUUGGUAUCGGCAUUGGGAUUGGUGUAGGUGUUGGAGGUGGUUCCGGCACGGGCGUUGGAGUUGGAAGCGGCUCCGGCGGCAAAGGCGGCCCAUGA